GAGGCACGUUCUCGCCGCGCACUGUCGCGAGCCUUCGAAUGCCUUCGAAGUGAACCGGCCCCUCGGACGCUGAGCCAAGGUGGGCCAUGUAAACGAAGCUAGCGACCGCCAUCAGAGGAAGCCCGAUUUACAGCCUGUUCCAGUAACUACUGCACGUCUUAGGCUGGAAAUGAAGGCCUUUAUCGGCUUCUUGGGCGUUGUGCUCUGUUUAGCUACCUGCGAUGGCUCUCAACUCGUCGAGGUGUCAGUGCUACGGCAGGAAACAAAACAUGACAGUGCUUGCGACGUCACCCGUUUCACGCCCCAGAGGGAGCUGUGCGAUGCUACAUUCAAACUGAACAUUCCUCAUAGCCACGGAGAUAUGAAGUUUGUAUGCGCGGUUAUCGGCAAAUAUAAAAUGUGCCUUGCCAACGCGAUCCAAGCGACUGGAUGCGACGACAAAGAGUUCCUGAUAAGACAGCUACAGCCAAUGCAGCAGUACAUCCAAGAAAGCCACAUCGAAUGCAUUCCAGAAGUCAACGCGUCGUCAGAGUCAAGAUCACCUACAGGCUUUCGUGCAAAGCUAGACUUGUGCACAAGAGAUAAGGCAUGGGAGACACAGUUCCUGUGUGCCAAAAAAUUUCAUACUAAAUUACGAAAGAUUGAAGACGACAAAGAAGUCGAAUCCCACCAAAUUUGCAGAUCUCUAAGUCGCUACUACAGUUGCCUGAACACAGUCCUUCACAGUGAAUCCUGCGAAGAGGAUACAGAACUCAUGAUGCACAUGGAAUACUUUCCCAAAGUGCUAACCCAGAAGUACCGCGAGAUGUGCUACGCUGAGCUCAAGCUUACUGCCAUGAACGUCGCCAAAAGACUUGAGGGCUACACUCAAGAUCACAAUUGCCAGGAAGAAGACGCCACAAAGGAGUUCUUCGCGUGUGGCUUGUUGUUCAACGAGAUUGUGAGUCACAAUCCCUCUAAGGAGAGGAUCUGCGUGGCGUACAAAAACUUCAAAAACUGCACAAACGUGAUUGAGAAGGAUUUACACUGCAACAUCGGUUCUGAGUUCCACACGCAUUCUAUGCACGUGAUGAACGUACUAACCAGCCAGUACGAGCACUUCUGCAGCAAUAUGGUUGUUAAACCUGAACAACCCCCUACCGACGGCCAGACGCCGUCAAAACCAGUUGGCUGUGUCGAGGACCACUUCAUGGAGAAAUACUUUGAGUGCGGCCUCCUUUACGUGUACAAUCUGCGUGACGCAAUGUACGGCGACAAUCCACAGCACAAGAACCAGGUGUGCGAAACUAUAGAGCGCCAUAACCUUUGUCUGGAAGAGCUCAAGAAGUCUUCCAGCUGCCAAUCGCUGUCUGAAAUCCAAGCAAGUCUCGACUACCUAACCAACGAGCUGCACUCGGCUCCCGGCAUGCAAUGCUCGAAAGCGUCGUUCAAACGUUCCGGAAAAAUACGGUUCCGUAGUAACGAACCAAAAUGCCACCUACGUGAAUACGCCGGAACAUUCUUUACUUGCGGCACAAUUUUCCUAAUGAACACGUUUCCAACUCCUCCGAGCAAAGAUGAAGAUUGCAGGUUCUACAACCAGUAUCUGAAGUGCUAUUCCCUCCUGAUUCCUUGCUCCAGCCCGACCGACAUAAAGUCAGCAAUAAUGAGGUUUUCACAAAUACUGACGGAAGGCUACGAGGAUAAGUGCAGGGGUGUCAACUUGACUGACACUUGUGACAAGUUGGUUUUGAUAAAGAACUUCUUCUCUUGCGGUCUGACGUACUACCAGUCGUACAACGAGUUCGGCUCAACGUACCUUGUUAAUCAUCCACACAUUUGCAAGCUUUUGGAAGAUUUUCACAACUGCAGCUAUGAAUCUGUAUUCAAGAACAAACCGAACUGCAAGGAGACUGCGGCGUUGUUUGAUAACAUCAAGAAGGUCAGGGACUAUGUGACCAAGGUGUUCAACCGCAAGCACAAAUCAGAUUGCAAAGCUCCUGCAGACAAGGACAAGCGGCGCGUCUACUUGGGACUGGAGCGGCAGACCACGUGCGAUCAAUUCAAGGCCAUCAAGAAGCUCGUGCUGUGUGGCGUUACCUUCCACAGGAUGCUUGUGUCUCUCGACAAUGGAACGCAUCUGAAGGAAAACCGAACAGAAGUCUGCCCGCUGGUGAAGGAAAUGAAAUACUGCAUGUAUUCAGCGACACACGACUCCGGCUGCUCAGAUGCCCUUUUUCUCAACACUGAGAUAUCUGUUCUAAAGAAGCACUUGCUCAUGGAGUUCGAAGACACAUGCAAUGCUCUACCCUCUAGUGAAGACCAGGAAUUCAAGGUGUACCGUCAAGCUUGCGAGCUCAAGGAAUUUACCCAGGAAUGGGAAUCGUGUGACUCGGCAAUGGAAGACGACAUCAGCCUUUUCUAUCGCAACGGCUCUGCCUUCCGGAAGACUCCCGUCAGCAACCGUGUGCGACGGAGACUUUGCACUGACCUCAUCGGCUACCGCAAAUGUCUGAACGACUCAGCUGACAAGCACCACUGCUCCGCGGUGGCACCUCAGGUCGCAGAGAUGAGCAACGAGUUGUUCGACCGCCUGGGCCUUAUCUACUGUUCCGACUGCAGUCGCAGGACGGGCGCCUGGGGCAUGAUGACGCUCGCCAGCGCAGCUGUCUGGCUCGCACACCUGUCGAGCCAAUCGUGAUCAAGCGGCGGUCUAGCCGAAGGGAUUAAACAAUAUUAAACAGAGUCAAAAUUAAAAGAAGGCUGGCCAAAGAAAAAAAAUAGUGAAGCAAAACGAAUGACUGGCCGGUUCUUGGCCGCUACA